UUUCUUGUCUAGUGUCGUGUAGCUCCCAGUUUUCCCACCUAUGUUCCUCAUCAUCACCCACUUUCCUCUUCCAAUUCGCACCUUCACUCCAAUUUCUGAGCCUCUGGCUUGAUUUGCAACGAUCAUGUCUUCUCACGUCAAAGAUGCUGCUGAUGGAGAUUUAGGGAAAGUGUUGGUUAGCCCAAAACAAAGCCACAAUCCUUUGGCAGAGACGUCGCCCGCACCAUCACCAUCUUCGUCUACUGCCCCAGCUCUUGUUCUAUCGAAUUCAGGGAAGCGGAUCGACCAAGUUGGGAGAAAGAAGUACGUGAAACAGGUGACUGGCCGCCACAAUGACACGGAGCUGCAUUUGGCAGCUCAAAGGGGUGAUCUCGCAGCUGUGAAGCAGAUACUCGGAGAUAUUCAUUCUCAAAUGGCGGGGAGUUUAAGUGGUUUGGAAUUUGACCAGGUGGUUGCAGAGAUCAGGGCAUCACUCGUAAGUGAGGGAAACGAGCUGGGAGAGACAGCGUUGUUUACUGCAGCGGAGAAGGGGCAUCUUGAUGUUGUUAAAGAGCUGAUCAAAUACUCAAACAAGGAAACACUUGCCAAGAAGAAUAGGUCGUUGUUUGAUCCUCUGCAUAUAGCUGCAAGUCAAGGACACCGUGCAAUUGUGCAAGUACUGUUGGAUCAUGACCCGGGGUUGAGCAAAACAAUUGGUCCGUCAAAUGCAACCCCUCUUAUAACUGCCGCUACUAGAGGUCAGAGUGCUGUAGUUGAUGAGCUUUUGUCGAAGGACUGCAGCUUGCUAGAAAUUGCUAGAUCAAAUGGGAAGAACGCGUUGCACAUGGCUGCUAGGCAAGGGCAUGCGGACAUUGUCAAGGCAUUGCUCGACAAAGAUCCACAAUUAGCUAGGAGGACGGACAAGAAGUGGCAGACAGCAUUGCAUAUGGCCGUUAAAGGGGUUAACUCGGAAGUUGUUAAAAGUCUCUUAGAUGCUGAUGCAGCUAUAGUUAUGCUCCCGGACAAGUUUGGUAACACUGCUUUACACAUAGCUACGAGAAAAAAGCGAGCAAAGAUUGUUAAUUUGAUAUUACGCCUGCCAGACACCAAUGUGAACGCACUGAACCGAGAUGGCAAGACAUCUCUUGACAUUGCGGAAGAACUUCCGCUAUCGGAAGAGUCAUCUGAGAUUAAGGAGUGCCUUUGUCAUUAUGGAGCUGUUAGAGCUAAUGAAUUGAAUCAGCCAAGAGACGAGUUGCGAAAGACUGUGACUCAAAUCAAGAACGAUGUCCACAUCCAGCUCGAACAAACAAAGAGAACAAACAAAAAUGUCAAUGGCAUUGCCAAAGAGCUAAGGAAACUCCACCGAGAAGGCAUCAACAAUGCCACCAACUCGGUGACUGUCGUUGCGGUCCUAUUCGCAACCGUUGCAUUCGCAGCCAUCUUCACUGUGCCUGGUGGAGACGACAACCACGGAAUGGCCAUGGUAGUCAGUAGCGUCUCCUUCAAAAUAUUCUUCAUCUUCAACGCGAUUGCUCUCUUUACAUCGCUAGCUGUUGUUGUAGUUCAGAUCACACUGGUUAGAGGCGAGACUAAGGCUGAAAGACGCGUUGUAGAGAUCAUCAACAAAAUGAUGUGGUUGGCCUCUGUCUGCACCUCUGUGGCGUUCAUGGCAUCCUCCUACAUUGUGGUCGGGCGUAAGCAUCAGUGGGCCGCGAUACUGGUCACAGUUGUCGGAGGAGUCAUAAUGGCUGGGGUUCUGGGGACCAUGACCUACUAUGUGGUGAGGUCGAAAAGGAUAAGGUCGAUAAGGAAGAGAGAGAAACAAGCCAGGAGCGGCUCAAACUCAUGGAAUCAUUCUGAUUUUUCUAAUUCUGACAUUGACAGGAUGUAUGCACUCUGAGGUAUCGAAAUCUCUCUUGCAGAAAUGGCGAGAUUAGGUCGCAAUUUCUUGUUGUCGAACUGUCUUGUGCCUACAUAUAUGCAGUAUCUGUAUGUUUCUGGGCAUAAGGUAUGUUAACUGUUCUUGGUUGCUGAUGGUGCUACGUACGUAGUUCGUAGAGAGGCAAAGAAGCGUCGUGGAAGCACGAUUUCUUUGUCUGUAUAGUGUGCUGCUAGAGAUUUUGUAGAAGAGACACCAGGAAUUUCUAAGACAGCUUACUGAAAUUGCAGAUUAGAUAUGUAUUCUUGUUGCUGCUUUUGGAAGCCAAAUGAUUCUUCUAUCUAAUGUAUCAAAUUGAUUUGUAGACAAAGGUCAGAUUAUAAAUCUUGUGCCUUUUCAUUACGUUUUGGUCAAUUUCCUUA